UUCGAUAUAAUUAGGUAAAAUCAGGGGUUUCUCGAGAAGCCGAGGUCUCUCAAUUCUCAGUGAAACAUCCAAGAUGCAACUGCCUCUGCUGUCUGCUCCCUCUUUAUCGCUAACUUCUCAUCUCUCUGUCUCUCUCUCUCACAAUCUGAAAUGUAGCUUGAGCGCGAAGCGGAGAAGCUUCUUCUCUCAUGGAUGUCACGGCGUUAAAUCUUUCGUACAAGGUUUCUAUUUACGGGCGCUCAAACCUAAGAGUUGGUUUUCUCAACAGCUACAGCAAUUCUUUCUCGUUUUCUAAACUCAGCUGUUUUACGGAACGCAGAAGCUCUGCAAUAACUGUUUCAUAUCGAGCUCCUUCGGGCCCAGACCUCUCCAGAAACAGAUGUACUCAUUGCCUGCCCACAAAUCCAUUUUGUGUUCUAAUCCCAGUUCUACAGAGCAUCAGAGACUUUGCGGGCCUUGCGGCUUCAGGAACCAGAAGGGGCUAUAAGUGGCUUUCCUGUUUGAGAGGAUGCGGCGACUCGGGGGGAGUAUCAAAUGAAUGGGGUGGUGACUACUUUCAUAAUGGAGGAAUCGGCGUGGCUCUUCUGAGCGUGACCUCGACGGCCAAGGUUCGGAUUAGUCCAGUGGUGGCAACACUCGCUGCCAACCCGACGUUCGUGUCUGGCUUGCUCGCUUGGGUGGCAGCUCAGUCUAUCAAAGUGUUUUUGAAUUUCUUCGUAGAGAGAAAAUGGGAUUUCAGGAUUCUUUUUGCUUCCGGAGGGAUGCCUUCAUCACACUCGGCUCUGUGUACGGCUCUGACGACUUCGGUUGCACUGUGUCACGGAGUGGCCGACUCCUUAUUUCCUGUCUGUUUGGGUUUUACACUCAUUGUCAUGUAUGACGCAAUUGGAGUUCGACGCCACGCCGGGAUGCAAGCUGAGGGAAGAUGGAGGGAAGAGUUUAAAUUUCAUCUUGUAGAAUGGAACAGGUGCUGGAAGUCAAUGAAGGGGGGUUGGGAUUCAGAAACUUAAAGAAGUUGAAUGUUGCCUUGCUUGGGAAAUGGUGCCUGCCAGCUUGUAGAGAAGAGUAAUUAAAGCAAAGUUUGGUGCUAGAGAGCUGGAUUGGGAAGAUGGUCAAGGACUCGAUUGUGCAUUUGUAUGAUACAUCCAUAUGGAAAGGUAUCAAAAAGACAUAUCCUACAUUUUCAGGAGAAGUCUGAACAAUUGGGAGGUUGAUCAGCUGUUGGAAUUGUGUAGAUGGUUGUGGAAGAAUAAUGACAGGUUUACAGUAAAAUCCUUCUAUAGAAGUCUUUGUAAUGAAGACCAUUGUGAUGCUUAGCUCAGUUAGUUGUGGGAGCUAUGAUCAUAUCCUUUGGGGGUGAGCUGGCCUGUGGUUUCCCCCAUUCUU